ACUGCGUUGUUUUGCGUCGCUUGCUGGAGGUGAAGAAAACGCUUUUGGCUUGUUUUGCGUGUGCGUGUGCGGCAAAGUGCGCCCCGUUGUUUGUAAUGUUUUCUCCGCCGAUGCAUCGCGCCCGAUGCACCGUGCCCGUGCUGUGAAUCCGUGUCCGUGUGCCGUGUAAGUUCCGCCCGCACGCAUCCGCCCGGGCCAGUCCGUGUUUGCGCGCUACCCGCCGCCCGCAUUUGUUUACAUCCACGUGCGUGUCCGCUGUUGGCGACGAUCUGUGCUGCUUUGGGGUCGGGCGGCAGGGCGUACAUGUUUCUUGGUGGCCGGCAAACAUGGGUGCCAGCUCCGCCAGCGCCAUCAACAUGAUGGACACGAUGGACGAUCACGUCUACUGCAACUCGACCACAGCGACGGUAGCGGCUACUUCGCCGAGCACCACCGCCACCGUCACCACGUCGGCCACGGCAACGGCACAAACGACGGUGGCGGUGGCAGCGGCCAGUCCGGGGGCCGUGCCCAAGCCCUCGGUCCGGGAGUCGAGUACGAGCGACGAUCAGUACCAGCAAUCGUCCCCGUCGCAGUACUCCCCGUCACCGUCCUCACCGUUGCCAUCGUCACCGCAGCCGGCAUCGCCGAGACCGUCAUCGCCGGUCCCGUCGUCAUCGGUGCCUUCGUCGCCGGCACCGUCCUCGCCGGUGCCCUCGAUGGAGGACGAAACGCUCAUGAUGGAGGACGACGAAACGGAACCCGAUCCGCCACCGUUGUACGGUAGGGAGGAGCAGAGCAACGAAUCGCAAACGGAAGGGGAAGGAGCAGCCGGUGAAAACGAGGCCGAGGCCGGCUUUGUAAACGACGUGUACGACUACGGGUCGCAGAGCGGGAACGACGAGCGGCUGGUCAACCCGGACGACAGCGAAUACGACGAGGAGGACGGCGACGACGACGAUGAGGAGGAUGAGGAUGCCGAGGAUCUGGACAACAUUCCCUCGGACAGUGGAGUGGUGACGGACGACCAGCAGGGUGACGAUCCGGGCGACGACAACAAUGGUUCGGGCAUGGCAGAAGCGCUCGUUGCGAUGAAUGAGGUGAAGCAGCUCCAAUCCAUCCUGCUGCUCCAUCUCGAUCUCAUACAGGAGCAGGGCGACCAGAUACUGAACAAGGACAAGAUGAUCAUCCGCCUGAAGGACGAGAACGAGGUGCUGAAGCAUCAACUCGAGCUGGCGAAUCGGCGCGUCUCGCUGAUGAUGAUGCAGCUGCAGCAGAACGGGCUCGCCCUGCCGGGCGAUGUGCAGCAGCAGCUGGUCAUGCAACAGCCGGCACCGAAGCAGGAGGGCACCGUGUCCCCGCUCACCAUACGCAGCCAGAUGGAGAAUGGGCGGAUGCGUACGAUCAUUCUGAAAUCCUCCUCGUCGCCCCCGUUCGUGUCGUCGAGCGUGGCGGACGGUGGGCCACUGUUCGGUGCGCCCUGUCUGCCGAUACGCAACCCGGAGGUAAGCAGCACCGUAUCGCCGGCGAAGGAGGAGCUGCAGGACGAGAUAGUUCUGCAGAACGAUCCGCACCAAUCGCCGUUUUACAAUGUGGAUGACGAUGAGGAGGAUGAGGAUGGGGAGGAGAACAAUGGCGAGGAUGAGGAAGAUUUUCGCACGGAUAAUAAUGAGGUGGAUGGGGAAAUCUUUCUAAAUUAUUCCAAAUCGGACGAUGAUGAAUCUCUCUCGCCCCCGAUGAAUCAUGAUUACGAAGAUCAGCAGCAGCAGCAGCAGCAGCAGCAGCAACAACAGCUACAGCAACAGCAGCAAGACGAGGAGCAUGAUAGCGACGAUGUGCAAGUGGUUAACGAUUUGUACCUUCAACAGCAAGAACAACAGCAGCAACAACAACAAUACAUGCUUCAACAACAACAACAACACACGUUACAAGAACACUUUGUUGGCAUGAAGACGGAAGAAAUGGAUGAGGAGGAGGAAGAGGGUGGUUACCAGUCGAACGGUAUGGCCGAGGAAGAGGAAGAGGAGGAGGAAGAGGAGGAGGACGAGGGUGCCACUAGUCCGGCACAGUACGUGAGCGACGAUCCAGCCAACUACGACGACACGCCGAUGGUGAUGAUCGACGACGGUGCCGUCGAGGUAACGAUGGAAACCGACUCGCCCGAAUCGCAACAAUCGUCGCAAGAUUCGCGCGACUCGCAGGAUUCGCAGGACUCGCAGGAAUCGCAAUCGUACCGCCAGGAAUCGCAAGACUCGUCCCAGCAAGGGCAGCCGGAGGUGAACGUUCCCUUCGUCGAGAGCAGUACGGUCGGCGGUGAGGCGGCGACGCACCAGCACCAGCAACCAGUGGACGAUGAUUGCAAGGAGGUGAUAGCGGACGGGAAGGUGGAGAUAAAGCGAGAGCAAACAGCGGAAUCCUCCCAAGUGUCCGCCAGGGGUGACAUGAAACCGAAAGGUGCGCUGGAAAGGAUGCCGUACGCCGGCUGUAGCAGGGAAGCUCCGACCGAAGGUGGUGGCGAAAAUGGGCGGGAGGGCGUGGGGCGUAGCAGAGGGGGUAAUGCGCGCAUGCCACGCCAGUUCAAUCCCACGCUGCACUGCCCCUCGGGCAACUCGUCCGACGGGAGUGUGGCGGCCAGGCGCAACUGCAAGCCAACCGCCGCGUACAUGGUGACGCAGAAGCAGUACGUUAGCGGCAGCUGGAAGGACGACGCGGUGACGGCCGAGAUCGAGAAGCUGCUGUCGAACGAGGCGGCCGAGCUGGAGAUACCGUCCUGGACGGUGAUCGAGGACGACGGGGACGAUCCGGCGGGUGGGUGUGAUCCACCGGGCGGUGGCGAGGAGGAGCCGUCCGUAUCGGCCAGCGAACCUUCCCGCGAGAACAUCAGCGACGAGGCGUACGCGAAGCGCCACACCAAGCUCGAGAUCGACGAGCGGCGCCGGAAGAAGUGGGACGUUCAGCGGAUACGCGAGCAGAAGCACAUCGAGCGGCUGAAGAAGCGGCAGCUGAAGGAGCAGCCGGUCGAGCAGGAGGCGCAGAAGGCGAUCACCACCCUCUACCCGACGGUCGACACGCUCAAGUACGUUCUCGUGACGGACGACGUGCCGGUCCAGGCGUUCGGUGAGCUGAUACCGCUGCUGCCGACGAACGGUGGGUUCUCGCUGCCCUGGAACCAGCCAAAGCCGGGCCCCUCGUUCGCGAAUCCUCAAACAUCCUGUUCCACUACCACCUCCUCCGCCUCUACAGCGUCCGCCGGCAUGGGGCAUCAUGGGCCGGGACCGUCCGGGCUCGGGCUGUUGCUGGAAACGAAAACCAAAUUCAUCCACCGGCUGGCGCCAAGCUUGCAGGCGCAAAAGCAGCGAUUCACCAAGCGAAUCAAAAAGGAUCUUUAAACUCCUCACCCCCCCCCCCGCCCCUCUUUUCCCUUACCCUUUUGGCCCUUUUUCGUAGUCAGUCACCGAUGCAUGUACAUUCUUAUUUUCUUAUUUUUUUUUUAUUUUUAUAACCCAUUUUUUCACAUUUAUCCUUUAAGAACGACGAUAUUUUGUACAUGUACGUACGACCUUUGACCUUUUGUCUCAACAACAGCUGUCCGUUGGAUCCCCCAAUGAUGUGCAUCCUCUGUGUACCGUUUACUACCCCCCUCGUCACGCUUGUUAUUAUGUAUUUUCCGGUGUAAAAGUUUUAGCCUUUUAAGUGAUGUUUUCUUUUUUAACUAUAAUUAUUAUUAAUUAUUAAUUGUGUACGUGCCCUUUCCCCGUACCCAGUAUCAUCCAUCCCUUGCAGGAUGGGACUGCACCCGUGCGCGAAAGUGUCUAUAGGUGUAUGUGUUUGAUUGACUUACUGUGUAUGGAACAAGUUAUCCCCAAUAACGGAAGUCGCGAGGAACUUCCACCGCUGUGCUGUUUUCGGAAAGGUUGAAUCCAUGGGAAAGCGCGGGAGAAUAUUAGGUUUGGAUGGUUGCGCAAGUACAUACGCAUACCCAUACAGAAACACACACAUACACAUUUGACUGUAGCAAGAAGAAUAAAAAGCUAAAUAGUGUUAGAAUGAUGUAAAAAACAAAACAA